AUGACCCGCACACUAAUGAUACAUCGGCCGCCUCAGUGCCCGUCGUGCCACACGCAUUCCCACGAUGAGCGUAUUGAUCUGGAGGAGUCGUACAAUCCACCCAUUCCGUCAUACAAUGAGGAAAGUGCGCGAAGGGCCAUGCAAGAGAGUGAGAAUAUCGGGGUUUCGGCCAGAAACUCCGUGUCAGACGAAGAAGACUGGGAGGAAAGAGUAAACAAGUUUGGAUGGACGGUUCAACAGUUUAAGCUGUUCGAUCGGGUAGCACGGCUGCUGGACAUGGACCGUUUGGCUCGUUUGACCAACACUGAGAAGCAGCAUGAGCCAGUUCACCGGCGCACGGUCAUCGACAAAUCGGUUAGCCGGCUCAGACAAGCACUGGCGAGUGUUUCGUGGGAAACGCGAUUAACCCAGUGGUUGCAUGUGUUAUUGAUGGAAAAUCUGCCACCCUCGUAUCUGGCAAUUUAUAUCGACAUGCUGCAAACAUUACAUGCCAAGCUGCCGCUGUUGGUAGAUAAAAUGAUCUUUGGCAGUACGCUCAACAUUGGCCAGGAGCUCCUCGGACCGGUGUUGAAGAAGCCUUGGGAGCCAAUAGUGACUCCCAAAAAUCGCAAGCUGCCUGGACAGCCGUUUAUUGUUGUAGUGCCAUCGGUUCCCACUCUAUUGCCAUCGCCCCGGCAUCAGAAAUGGUUUACAUUAUUCAGCACCAUGUCACCGGUGGUAGUAAUACAACCACCACAAGAAAAAUCAACUGUUGAAAAGCCGAACAUCGACAAACAAUCGCUACAGCAACUGGCAGAACAUAUGCUAGCAAUGACACGAGCCAAAAUACAACAAGUGCGCAGCUCGGCGCCAAAUCGACCGAUUAUUUUGGUUGGCUUCGAUGCCGGUUCCGCUCUUGCAAUUCAGGUUGGUUUAGUAGAGUCAAUUAGUUGCGUGAUUUGUUUGGGAUUCUCGUACAACACAUACAACGGAGUUCGUGGAGCACCCGAUGAUCAUAUCGUUGACAUUACGUGCCCUGUGCUGUUCGUCAUCGGCCAAAACUCCGCCCGUGCCAGUCACGAAGAAAUCGAAAUGCUGCGUGACCGCAUGUCCACUCAAACAUCACUGGUAGUCGUUGGAGCAGCCGAUGAAUGUUUGCGUGUGUCAAAAACAAAGCGUAAAAUUGAAGGAGUCACCCAGUCGAUGGUGGACAACAUGGUCGCAGACGAGAUAGCAGAGUUUGCAACCAACUGUCUCGUAAGUCCCCCGCGACCAAAACAAUCCGCCUUGGCUGGGUCGUUCCAAUCGGACAGCCCGAUGGAACAAAGUAUGCCAUCGGCACAACGAAAUGAUUGUGACCUUGCUGCACAGCGCAAGCGUAAACACGCACCAGAUCCCAAAGCUGAGACCAAACAGCAGAAAAAGCCUUACAACCGUCGCUUGCCAAAAACAACACAAUCAGCUGAGGUGGCCCAAUCCCUGACUCAGUCUACCCAAGACGCGCCAGAUAUUGAAGCGCAGAGCAACACGCCAACGACGCCUGAGAAGCAAAUAAAAAGCGAGAAAAUAAUUUUACCACUCGCAAAGGCCGAUGAAGUGGUGAAGUAUGAAGUUCGCGAAUCAGGCAACACGCAGAUUAUUUCUGGCCGGGGUAGCACGCCUAUGCUGCUUCCUGCACUGAAACGAGACACUGCGCAGACAACACUAUCGGCUGGCGCGUUGCAUCAGCAGGGCAAUGUGAAUGUGAAAUUGAUUGAAUCGAAUCAACUUAUUCAUCUGAAACCGUCUACCGGAACGACGCAAAAGUUUUACUCCAUAACAUCAACCUCCAAACCAGUCAUGUCCGUGAUAGCAAACAGCAGUCCCGGAGUGAACGAUGGUGCGGUAACGUCGGAGGAAAUUAGCAGUCCACCGAAGUACACAAUCGUGCGCAACACAGGAUCCACGCCUACUGUGUUUAGCAAUGUGAACGAAUCUAAUGUGGCUGCUGGGAAAGUUACGAAAGCUCUGUCGGAGACUAAUAUUUUCGAUCUUCCGAUCGUAUUUGCCGAUAACGAUGGUGUAAUUCAGGAGGGCUCGCCUGAAAAACCGAAGCAAGCACAAGAUACUCGACCAGCAGUAACAGCGCCAGCGUCUGUAGGCAUUGCUGAAAACAAUGCUAGCUCGGCACAGGCAUCAGGCACGCGAUUCGUCACACUGCAACAGCCCGCUGGAAGUAUGCCGCUGUCGAUUGGAAAGCCGAAACAAGUGAUCAACUUGGUGCUCAAUAAGGGUACACUCAAAACUGUCGAUCCCGGCGGUAUGAUCGUUCCUGUAGGAACAAAAAUCAAUCUCCCCAUAGCUGUUGCGUCAAGUGCGUCGCCGGCAACCUCCGUUGGUACGGUAAUGAGCAGUGGUACAACGGGACCGAAGUUUACCAAGGUAGUGUUGACCAAACCAAUGAACAGCGGUGCAACUAACACCAGCGUGGUGAAAAACUUGAGCGAAUUGUUAUCCGGUGGCAAGAUCGAGAUUGUCAACAGUGCUGGCAUGCGCCAAACGGGCGUUACUGGAACCCCGUUGUCUGUACCGCAAGGCAAGUUCCAGUCUAUCAUCAUCAAUCCGUUUGGAGCGAAUAAAGCACCAGGCAGCGCCACUGUGCAGAACACUUCAACAAGUGGAAGCUCGACGACCGCAGGAAAUCUGACGUUACGAUUCAUGAUUUUGCGCACUGUGUGUUUGCAUCUUCGCGUGCCGGUUGCGCAAUGUUUGUUUACGCUACUGUCAAAUAGACUAAUUCAUCAAUACAAAAUUGGCUGCCGGUUCAACUACACCGGAAGAUGUAAUCUUUGGCACGGGAAAGAAAACUUAACGAAAAUGCUUACCGUAAGACCGUCAAUGAAGAUACUAGCGCAGAUGCAACCGCUGGCUCUGCAAAAAACCCCAAUAAACAGACCAUUUUGGGGCUGGGUGAACAUGAUGUUCAACCGGGUCGAUCGCGCUAGACUGAAGAAGGUUGGCCCCGACCGACUUUGUGCCGAAUGGUUGCUAAAGAAUGGAGCGAAAGCAAAGUUUGUGAAGGACGCCCGUGUGCAUGUGCAUUUUAACGCACUUCCGGACGAGUCCUUGCCGGUGCUAAUGGAAGAACUCGAUGGGACGGAUUCGGGCAUAAUGCACAUUGGGUUCGAUCAUCUGGAGGGAUUGAGUCGGCUCAGGAAAGUUGUCCUCCAUAACUGUGUCUACAUCGACAAUCAAGCUCUGUGGAAGCUGCGAUACGUUGCCAAUACGCUGGAGGAGUUGCAAAUUUCCAAGUGUGGCAAUGUCACCGAUGCCGGUUUGGUACAGCUCAAACAGCUCCCCCAGCUACAACAGGUGAAAACGUUCGAUUUGCCUGAUGUGAAAAAUAUACAGGAAGUGGAAAAAACGCUCAAACAAGCACUUCCCAACUGCAAAUUCGAUAUGAAGCCAUAGAAAAAACGUCGAGAUUGUACGUAGAAUUGGUACCAUCUAGCGCAAUCGCCGCAUACAGGCUCUAACUUAAUAAAAAUAGCACAGAGAUGUGGUGACCCAGUGCAA